UCUUCACACCCGCUUCCAAAUGAUUUCGUGUUUCCCUGUGCAGCCAGUCCAUCUUCCAUGACGCUAGCUUCACGGCUAACUAGCCGAAGGGGGAACCAUUGACGUAGCUGGCUCGGAUUGUACAGGAAAUGCAUUCUUGGCUAGCAAGACCCAUCAGUAAUAUUAGGGCUUGUUAUUAAUUUGCUCUCUUGCUUGCAUAUGGCGUUUCGCAUCAUGACUUAAAUUGCUGCAGAAAUGCAUUAAAUGUAUUGCAUUCAUUCGUAAAUAAAACAUAACGGGGUGUUAGAUCUUACUUGACGGUAACGUUACAUGAGUACAUCGUGUGUGCCAGUUGAAUGCUGACCUAUAAAAGAUUAAGAAAUGCUAUAAUAAUCUAUAUCCAGUGUUUCUCCUCAGCAUACACAGGGCGACAUUUGGAGGGUUCUCACCCUCCGCUUGAAAUAUAUGGCUAAUAAUUAUGAUUAUUUGGUCCUUUUAUGUUCGUUUUCUCGGACUUUAGUGAUUCUGUGCGAACUCUUCUCUGAAAGUGAUAGGUCUUGCCCAACAGAACUGACCGGUUGUUUCCGCUCGGCCUGUGCUAUGGGCCCGUGAACGGAGCCUUUAUUACGUAAUGGUUGGGUAGGCGGCGCGAGCGUCAUUUAGAUGAUUAUAUAUCCUAUCACAGAGAGAGAGGGGGGAGAAAUAUCUAGCACUAGCUCGUUUUUUCCCCUCACACACACAGUAUUAUUACUUUUGAUCUGCCGCAGUUUAUAUUUGAUAUUGUUGCUUAAUCUAUAACUAACAUUCAGAUAAACUCUGGAGCUGUUUCUUGGCUGACCUAAUCUGCGAGGAAUGAGCAGACUGUGUUAUGGGUAUGAGCCAUUGCACCAUCCCUGAGCGUCGGCAGAAGCCUGAGAAGGACGCAAGGGUGUGCACUGUGUUAUAAGAACAAGCGAGUGGAUAUCCAGACAUCGGCGAACGAAGAGCAACGACGUGAAUUAUGUCUUACUAUAACAGAGAACUGGUGGUAUUUUUUAUUAAAUAUAAACUCUCACAGAGGAACUACCCCUACAAUCACAUUGAAUUUACAGAAGACACAAAUCGGACUGAUGCGGUGGAAGGGAAUGAUGAUGAGGGGGCAGCAGGAACGACGAGCCUCGUUAAUGGCUCCGUAAAUGGAACAAGUACUGAUUCCAAUGGGACCCCACCAAGGUCCCCCGCUUCAACCCCUCAGCGUCAGACGAACGGGACUGGGGGUCUGGAUGCAGUAAAAGAGGCGCUUCGUGAUUCUGCCAACGAGUUUGAGCUGCGUUAUGCCCAAGCAUUCAACGACCUGUCCUCGCAGCUCCACAUCACGCCUGCCACAGCGUACCAGAGCUUCGAGAGCGUGAUGGAUGAGGUGUUCCGCGAUGGCGUCAACUGGGGCCGCGUCGUGGGACUGUUUGCCUUCGGAGGGGCUCUGUGUGUUGAGUGCGUGGAGAAGGAGAUGAGCCCGCUAGUGGGAAGCAUCGCGGAUUGGAUGACCGUCUACCUAGACAACAAAAUUCAGCCCUGGAUCCAGAGCCAAGGAGGAUGGGAACGCUUUGCAGAGAUCUUUGGAAAAGAUGCAGCAGCAGAGAGCAGAAAAUCACAAGAAAACUUCAAAAAGUGGUUGCUGGCAGGAAUGACCUUGCUCACGGGUGUCGUGGUCGGGUCACUUAUCGCACAGAAACGCCUGUGAGGAUCAGGAUAACUGAAGAUCCAAAUACACCCACUGCUUCAAUUUGACCUCCUGCUAACAUGAAGAAACUUAAAAAAAAAAUACAUUUAUUUUGGAUUUAUUUGUUUCCCUUUUAUUGCCAAGAAGUUUCAUGUUUACAUCCCACCAUGUACUGUUGACUGAGUGGAGCGCAUCUGGUGUGAUAUCACAUGAUCCAGACUGCAUGAGGGGGUUUUGCUUUUUAGCUGACUAGGAUCUAGCUAACCCAUGUCUCCUUAAACCCUGUUUAAAAAAUGAGAAAAAUAACUUAAAAAAGAAGAACAUUUGGCAAAAACCUUCUUUCUUUGUCUGUAAUUUUUAUUUUUUGUUUAUAAAUAAUUAUUUUCAGCUUUAUCAUCAGUCUUUUUAAGUAUCCUUAUUAUUUUCUCAUUUUCAGAGACUGGCAAAACUGAAAAGGAUACAAACAUUUUAUCUUUGAAUCUAAUUUAAGCUUGUUUGUGAUUCUUGAGUUAAUGACCCAAUGAGAGAGAAGUAGUCAUUUAAUCCGCACUGACAUUUCUAAGGACAGUUGUUGCUUAAGAAAAGAGAGGCGCCUCUUUGGGCCUCUUUUUGGCACUACAUUUGAGGGCCUGCUUCCUCUGUGAUCUCUCUAUCAUUAGAGGACAGUGUGGAGAACAGAUGAAAAAUGUCUGUGUGUGUGUGUGUUCCCCCAAUUAUUGUUCUGUUUUUUUUUUUUUCCAAUGCAAAUUUGAUGAGGAUUUAAAUGUGUCAAAUCCUCUGGAGCAUCUAAAUUAAAGGACCAACAGUUAUGAGAAAUUGUUUUGUUGUGAAAGAAAGUUCUGUAUGUUCAUUGCAGUUUGAUUUUUGAUUCAUUAAAACAUAACUUCAGCUUCAGAUGAAA